UUUUUUAAGAGGUGUUUUGCCAGGCCAACGAAUCUUUUGUCUUGUUCUGCUUGCAGCACUUUAUUCUCCUCUCCUCCAUCUGCAUUGACGUUGUUGACCUUUCCUCCAAGCAGAAGCACAAGAAGAAUUGUGACAGCGAGUGCAAUAUUGUAGAUGCUCUUAGACUUCAUUCCUGAGCGGUCGUUGACUUGACGAGAAGCAGGAAAACACAGAUUUUGUUUGUGUUGAGACAAUUGAAGAGUGUUGGAUUUAUGAUGAAGGUUACUAGUUUAAGUGAUGAAAACAUCGGUUUUUAUAUGUUGUUUUUAUAUGUUGUUCAUAGAACAACAGCAACAGAUUUUGCUCAGGAGUGAUGAAAAGGGGCUCUGAAUUGAUCAAGGGGGAUUUAAGUGAUAUCAGAGGAGGAUAAAUAAUCUAUUGAUCUUUCGAUAUCACGACAAAAUAAGGAUAUCAACGGAUUCGAAGGGAUAUCGGAAGAAUAAAAGGGAAGUCGAGAAUAUCGGUGAUCCUAAGAUAUCCAACUCUAUGAUAUCCACCUUACACCACUUAAUCCCUCGAUAUCAGGCCCAAAUAAACCUCGAAAAUCGAAACCAACCAUUGAAAUUUCCCGAUAUCCACCUUAAUCCAUCCAAAACUCAGAUAUAUUACAUCUUACCUUUUCAGCGCCGCAGGCGAAUAUUUUGA